AGGAUCCUAAUCUCAUGGGUCCCGGCCCUGCUCAUGCCCCUUGGACAGGACAGGGGCCGCGGGAUCGAAUACAUUGUAACGUCGUGGCACUGCGGGCGGGUGUUGUGGGACGGGGGUCAGGUGACCCGCCUUGUAAUCUCCUACUGGUAAUCUCUAUCUCAUCUUAAUCCCCCUUACCAAGGAAGCAGGAUCCAGCUGCAGGUCCCUCGCCAGUGUCCAGGGAGCCGGCGGCGGGCACGGAUGGGGACACGGUGGAUUUAUUGUCUGCGGUGGAUCCAGAAGAAUGGCGCUGCCCGUAGACGCUGCGUUCUGUAUACACUGAGGUGCCAGGGUCGGGCACAGGCCUUAUAGGCUUCACCUCUACACCAUGCCAUCUUUUCCUCGGAGUCUGAAUGCCCUCGGGAGACUUUGCUCCUCUGGGCGCAGCAAAGAUGUCCCGCCCGCCAAGAACAAACCCACGAACGUGGUUAAGCGGAUGUCCAUCAUAGAAGACGGCGAGAUCGCCGAGGUCUUGUACCUCAUCCCCAAACAGAGCAUUCUCCAGCACAUGCCCUACAUCAACCCGGACGACUACUACCUGUGCGAGGAGCUGAGCAGUCUUCCCACCGGACUGGUCGCCCAUUCUCAGGACCCCGGCCAAUCUACGGAGAAGCCCAUCAUCCGCUGCCAUAAAUGUGGGGAACCGUGCAAAGGCGAGGUGCUACGUGUCCAGUCCAAGCAUUUCCACAUCAAGUGCUUCAUAUGCAAAGUUUGUGGCUGUGACUUGGCUCAGGGCGGCUUCUUCAUCAAGAACGGGGAGUAUCUGUGCACGUUGGAUUACCAGCGCAUGUACGGGACGCAGUGCAGCGGCUGCGGAGAAUUCGUGGAGGGAGAAGUGGUGACAGCGCUAGGAAAAACGUAUCACCCCGCCUGCUUCGCCUGCACGGUCUGCAAACGUCCAUUCCCCCCCGGAGAUCGAGUAACGUUCAAUGGGAGAGACUGCCUGUGCCAGGAGUGUGCUGCCCAACCCAUGUCUCCCGGAGCAAAGGAGCUUUCUGCACCCAGCAGCUGUUCGGGCUGCGGCAGAGACAUUAAGAACGGACAAGCGUUACUGGCCCUGGACAAGCAGUGGCAUCUGGGAUGCUUCAAGUGCAAAUCCUGCGGCAAAGUCCUGACCGGAGAAUAUAUCAGCAAGGACGGCUCGCCGUACUGUGAGAAGGAUUACCAGGUGUUGUUCGGGGUGAAGUGUGAGGCCUGUCACCAGUUCAUCACAGGGAAGGUGCUGGAGGCGGGGGACAAGCACUACCACCCGAGCUGUGCACGAUGCAGCAGAUGUCAGCAAAUGUUCACCGAAGGAGAGGAAAUGUACCUGCAAGGUUCUACGGUCUGGCAUCCCGACUGUAAGCAGAACGCCAAGACGGAGGGGAGGCAGCGGCCCACAAGGUCUUCAUCCGAGAGCAUCUAUUCCCGCACAGGAUCCAGUAUACCGGGCUCCCCGGGCCACACCAUCUGUGCUAAAGUAGACGAUGAGAUCCUGGACUACAAGGACCUCGCCGCCAUCCCCAAGGUGAAAGCCAUCUACGACAUAGAGCGUCCCGACCUCAUCACCUAUGAGUCCUUCCACAUAUCCACGUACGAGGAUCGGCAGGAGCGGCAGAGCAUGGGGGAGUCCCCCAGAACCUUGUCUCCUACUCCUUCUGCCGAGGGCUAUCAGGACGGACGGGAACGGAUAAUGCAGAGAUCCACCAGUCAGGGAUCCAUCAACUCUCCCGUCUACAGCCGCCAUAACUACACCCCCACCAUCUCCCGAUCCCCGCAGCAUUUCCACAGACCUGGCACUGAGCCAUCCAGCGGCAGGAACUCCCCAAUCCCCUAUCGGCCCGACAGUCGCCCUCUAAUGCCAACAUUUGCUCAGGUCCCCAAACAUUUCCAUGUUCCAGAUCAAGGAGUGAACAUAUACCGGAAGCCUCCCAUCUAUAAGCAGCAGGAUGCAGCCGCUAUGGCAGCGUUCAUCAACAGCUCCGAGGAUAUCAUCAAGUCUUCCAAGUUCCCAGCGGCCCACGCUCCGGCGCCCGGCGAGGUCCCAAAGAUUGAGACAGAAUAUUGGCCAGGUCCUCCCUCAGUGGCUGCUAUAGGGGACACGAGGAGAAGAUCCAGCGGCCGGGAGGAGGAAGACGAGGAACUGCAGAGACGGAGACAACUUCAGGAAGAACAACUGAUGAAGCUAAAUUCGGGUCUCGGGCAGCUAAUACUGAAAGAAGAGAAGGAAAAUCGAGAGAGGCCGCACUCCGCCAGCAGAUACGACUCCGCACUCCUGUCCUCUCUUCGCUCUGACGCCUCCAAGACCUCCUCACUCCCAGGGUACGGAAGGAACGGCCUCCACCGGCCGGUGUCCACGGAUUUUGCCCAGUACGAUAGUUAUGGAGACAUCAGUGGUGGGAUCCGAGACUAUCAGUCACUACCAGAUGGCCAUGUUCCUGUCAUGAGAAUGGAUAGGGGCGUCUCAAUGCCUAACAUGUUGGAGCCUAAGAUCUAUCCAUACGAGAUGCUGAUAGUGACCAACAGAGGGCGCAACAAGAUGCUGAGAGACGUGGACAGGACUAGACUGGAGCGCCACUUGGCACCAGAAGUUUUUCAAGACAUUUUUAAAAUGACAAUACAAGAAUUUGACAAGUUGCCUCUGUGGAGACGCAAUGAGCUGAAGAAGAGGGCCCAGCUUUUCUGAGCAGCUGCAGUCGCCGACGUUCUAGGAAGCAAUCCAAUGCUGCGCCCCCUUGUGGCGGGGCGGUGCUAGUGAACAGGAUCUGGGGCGGGGGUGUGGAGGCUGCGCCGCUUUCUCUCUAUGGUGUGCCAUUGGACUAUGAACAGCGAGCUGAACGCUACUGCCUGGCAAGCUCCGCCUCUGUGUGCCCACCGGAUCCCAUAUAGGAGGGGUGUGCGAGCUGCAUGUGUGAUUAACCUGUUGUGUGUUUGUGUAUGAGAAUAUAAACAUGGCGCCCGCGUCCUACCUCCAGGCUCCUCCCAUUACUGCUGCCAGGUGCGGGCACCAUGUUAUAACCACAUUCCCUAGAACGGUUUGGACUGUCCCAAAACUGGAUUUUAGCUGAAUUCCUGCCAGUCCCCUAUUUAUAUAAUGCAGCGCAGGGGGCGGAGUCACAAUAGACGGGAAGUGAUCACUUCACUCACUUAUAUAGGAAUUGCGCACUCCCACAUGGCUCUAUAUCCGGCCUGUGCCAUAUUGUCUAUUUAUUGAUUAUUGCCUUUUCUUUCUCUUUUUAUUUUGGUGUCUCGCUGCUUCCCAUAGGACACAAGCCCCUGAUGUCCCCCCCCCCCCCCCCCACCUCACAGGCCCCCAUAACUGGUGCGGGUCCCCCUGUAUAGAGAUUGGUAAGCGGGGACUAGAGUAACGCAAGAGUUGUUUCCAUAGCGAUAAACAUUCUAUCAAUUCUCUGGGGACAUUGUAUCAAUUCUCUGGGGACAUUGUAUCAAUUAUC